AUGCCGAAGCGGCUCACCCAGGAACAAAGGCGCGCUGUGACCGCGGCAUUGUUUCGCCAGGAACCUUACCCGGAUAUUGCUGCCGCCCACGGUAUAUCAGAACGACGGCUUCGAGGCAUUGCGAGCUGCCUGCGAACAUGGGGAACUACGCAUCCUCCGAGAACCAAGCCAAUGGGGAGACCAAAGGCAAUCACCGAUGAAAGCCAACAGGGUCUUCGAGAUUUCGUCAAUGCUCGGCCUCUUGCUAGCCUUGAAGAAAUGCAGGUUCAUAUACAAAACACGUUCAAUAUAAAAUGCAGUUAUCAAUCGGUUUCGCGUCGUUUGAAGGAUAUGGGAUAUAAACGCACCGUCGUCCAGCGAGGCAAUCGAUCCCUAGAAAAGAACAACAUUCCGGAACUAUCUGAUACGGACAAAUUGCGACUUCAAGGUGAUCCGUCUGCAGCAGAACUUUUGGGUAAGACAAAAGUCAUAUAUGCAUGGUUGUUGAGCCCGUCUAAAUCUGGCUCGAAGCGCUCGAAGCUCGCUUCUCAUACGAAGACUGGCUUUACCCAAGAAAAUAACGCGAGCAAUGGACAGCCUUCUGAAGACCUUUCGGAUGAUGGGCGGAAUGAGGCAGAAAGUCUUGAUGGCUUGUUUUAUGGGGAUAACUCCGCUUCUGAUUCGAUGCCAAUGCCAGCCGUUCCUUAA